AAGUUUUGUCAAUUCAAUAGUUUACACUCAAAACGUCGCGUGCCUGAAUCUCUGGCAAUCACCUUAUUUCGCUCUGUAUUAACUUAAUUCUUCCUUUUUAUUACAAAAUUCAAUUGCCACUUAAAACUUGGCAAAUUUUAGUUUAAUUCGUUAUGUCUGUGGUAACUUAUGAAAAACCAUUGCCCCAUAUCGGGCUUUCGGAUUGGUUUGCAAAACAGUGGGAAAUCCAGCAAACCAAUAAUGCUCGCCAGACGGACGCGUUCAACUUAAGACACGAAUCAAGACAAUUGAGAAAUGAAACCAACAUCAAAACAGAAUGGGAUACUUACCACAACAAUGUCAGAUUAGCUGACCGGGUUACGGAAUUGGAUAGAUGGAAGGAAGUUUUAGAAUCUUGUCUUCAAAGAAUCGACAAGGAGGUUGGGCUUUUGAAGGACGAGAAGUAUGAAACUGAAAAGGAAAUUGACUCUUUAGGAAUACCUCUUGGGGUCAUUUCCGAAUGUAUAUCCAUGAGGGACAAUAGGCUGGGAUCUGAGUUGACCUACGAUGAAGGAGAUACUGAACUGAAAAAGGAAUUAUGUGUAGUCGAGGGAGUAAAGAAAAUGCUGAUUGAGCGCUGCCAAGCCGCCUGGGAAAAAGUUAAUAAGCUGAACGAAGUUCGGUUCAAACUUAAUCUAGAUAUUAACGACAAACACGAGGCGAUCGAAAUUGAUAAAGACCAACUGACUCUGGAUAAAAAUUGUGCGAACAUUAGCUUUAAAACUGACCCGCUGCGUAUUGUAAAAAAUUCCCUGCCAUAUGAAUCCUGGCUGGAGCACAGUCGAUACGUGAAACUUCUAGCGGAUGAUGAACUGGCCGACACUCUUCGCCUGCGCGAAGCACUGUUUGUCGUCAGAGAACGAUCUAAAAACGACAUGCUAGCGCAGCGAGAUCGCGUGGAUUUUAUUCUGCGCAAAAGGAUUUACCAGACGCAGAAAGCUCGAAACGAAAUUGAAUGGCAACAGCUAAAAAUGCGAGAGGAAAUGCAAAAGGUUGCGAAAGAAAUUACAACAUUAGAAAACGCACUACAGGCGAAAACCGAUGCCCUCAAAUUAGCGGAAACUCGACUGGAAAAUCGAUCGUAUCGACCGGGAUUCGAAUUAGCCAGAGACGAGGCGGAACAGGGCUUAAAAGACGAAGUCCUGCAAUUGAGGCAAACUAGACAAGAUCUGCUGGAUAAAAUCAAUUGCGCGAAAACUACAUAUAAUGCACUGGAAGACCAACAAGUGCUCAUUGAUAGGGAGCUUGAUAACAAAAAUCAGUCUCUUAUGACCGACAUCCGGUGCUUAGAUUUGAGAGCCAGACUUAAGCAGGGCAAGUUUGCGGAUCCGGAGAGUCAGACAGAUCGAAACAUCCAAUUAACCCGAAUGGAAAAUGAAAUUCCCCCUACAUAAAUAAUGGACAUUAAAUCAAAGAAAAAAUUAUCAAGUUAUUCUUUGGAAAUGUAUCGUAUCGGUAAUGGUAAAAUAAAAGUAAAUUUAA